CAAAGUGUCGAUAAUGCAGAUCGAAAGCAGCAUGUGAGUCUCUUUCGUAUCACUUGCACAAGAAGUAAAAGAGUAUCAAAGCUGGUAACUUUCGAAUACGGCAAAAUGUCACUCGUGAUUCCCGAGAAAUUUCAGCACAUUCUUCGUGUGAUGGGCACGAACAUCGACGGUAACAGAAAAGUCAUGUUCGCCAUGACCGCGAUCAAGGGUGUUGGUCGACGAUACGCCAACAUUGUCCUGAAGAAAGCUGAUAUCGACUUGGACAAGAGAGCCGGAGAGUGCUCAGAGGAAGAAGUAGAAAAAAUUGUCACUAUUAUGGCCAAUCCAAGGCAGUACAAGAUUCCAGACUGGUUUCUCAACAGACAGAAAGAUAUCGUUGACGGAAAGUACUCGCAGCUUACAAGUGCCAACUUGGACUCGAAGUUGCGUGAGGACUUGGAAAGAAUGAAAAAGAUCAGGGCGCACAGAGGUCUGCGUCACUACUGGGGUCUCCGUGUGCGUGGUCAGCACACGAAAACGACCGGUCGUCGCGGACGCACGGUCGGUGUGUCCAAGAAGAAAUAAUUUCAUGUGUUUUAUGUAUAUUAUCUUAAAAUAAAAUUUUGAACUUCGA